AUGAGCAGCAGCUCCGACAAUGAUAGUACACCGCCGGCGGCGUCAGGAAACUCCGAAAAUCCUUCUGCUCAGAAUAUUAAUCGCGAGGUGUUAAAAGAGGCUAAUGAGCUUUUGGAGUCUCUUGAGCACAGUCAUCGGAACGACUUAGCGCUCCAUCUGUAUUCAACAUACCUAUUGAAAACCGUGCUCAAAGCUGCAAACCGCAAGAAGUUUGCGUUAGAGACCCACACGCUAAUAAAAACGCAGAUCAAAGAUAAUUGGACUAGUUGGCCCAACCCUUCUACGGUUAUAGAUCCUAAAAUAGACACUAUUUUUGAGGAUGUAAAUGGCACACGAGCAACGGUCCCAAAGCCUCUAAAGCCUGGUGAAUUAUCUCCAGAGGCGCUUUUGCAUGGCUCCAAGAUGCUUCAAGGUGAACUUGAUGCAGUUUGGCAACAAUCUCUGACAAAAAUGGCUUCCGAUGGUGGCAUCACUCUUGAUAUCGACAAAAUGAAUAUAUCAGAAGGAGUUUCAACGGCUAUCAUGCAAAAGAUUGAUCAUUUUUUCAAGGGUGUACACGCCUCCGUUGCAUCGACCAACAAAUUGAAGAUAGCUCAGACGAGUGGUUCAAGUCAGCUCAAAAUAUCCGAGCAUCAACCCAAUGGCAAACCUCUCGACAUGAACAGAAAGAUAAAAUUAGAUUACCGGGAUAUUAUAAUGCGCGGGUGUCAAAUGGGUGAAGAAAUGGACGAUGUGUAUAUGAAGGGAUUAGAGCUUUUUGGUGAUAUUCCAUCAAAAUACAGGAGUGAGGAUUUUAAACUUUCAAAAAAAGAGCUCACCAAAUAUUCAGCAAGACUGCGAGCUUCUAACCAAGAUAGGGAACUCCACCUCAAGUCUGGAACAGGCUACAUUUCAGCAGAACAACUUCUCCACCAAAACAUUCUUCCCUUCGAGAAGAAGAUUAAAUUGAGGUCUAUUUUGUACAAGCACCGCGACCGUUCGCUGGACGAAAAAGCAUAUCUACAUCUCGAGAGUUUCGCAAAAGCAAAAUUGCUGGGUAUGGGGCAAGAUAAUGACUAUGGGAUAAAUGAUUGCGUGGUUCCCAUUCGACGCAGUCGCUCACGUUAUGUUAGCAAAAAGCUCCGCUAG